CUUCCGGGUUACGCUCUUUACGCAGCUUGAUGACCCGGGGGCGGAAACGUGUCUACUUCCACCACUUUCCCGGUGUUAGCGGCUGUGGUGUUUCUAGUGUCAUAUUUCUGGAUCUCCGCUGAAUAACCGAGAGCAGCCAUCAUGUAUGACGCGGAUGAAGAUAUGCAGUAUGAUGAGGAUGAUGAUGAGAUCACUCCCGACUUAUGGCAGGAAGCAUGCUGGAUUGUUAUAAGCUCUUAUUUUGAUGAGAAGGGUUUGGUACGUCAACAACUCGAUUCAUUCGAUGAGUUUAUUCAAAUGUCUGUGCAGAGAAUUGUGGAGGAUGCCCCACCAAUAGAUCUGCAAGCUGAAGCUCAGCACGCAACGGGAGAAGUAGAAGAACCACCAAGAUUCCUACUAAAGUUUGAACAAAUCUAUCUGUCUAAACCUACACACUGGGAAAGAGAUGGUGCUCCUUCACCAAUGAUGCCAAAUGAAGCAAGGCUCCGAAAUCUAACGUAUUCUGCCCCACUGUAUGUUGAUAUUACAAAAACCGUUGUAAAGGAAGGGGAAGAACAGAUUCAAACUCAGCAUCAAAAGACAUUCAUUGGAAAGAUCCCAAUUAUGUUGCGCUCAACCUACUGUCUUUUAAAUGGCCUUACUGAUCGUGAUCUUUGUGAGUUAAAUGAAUGCCCACUGGAUCCCGGAGGUUACUUUAUUAUCAAUGGAUCUGAAAAGGUCUUAAUUGCACAAGAAAAAAUGGCAACUAACACAGUAUAUGUGUUUGCAAAGAAAGAUUCAAAGUAUGCCUACACUGCCGAAUGUAGGUCUUGUCUGGAAAACUCCUCAAGACCAACAAGUUCCAUAUGGGUCAGCAUGUUGGCAAGAGGCGGCCAGGGUGCAAAGAAAAGUGCCAUUGGCCAACGUAUUGUUGCAACGUUACCUUACAUUAAACAAGAAGUACCCAUCAUCAUUGUGUUUCGAGCGUUGGGCUUUGUGUCUGAUAGAGACAUUCUGGAACAUAUCAUCUAUGACUUUGAAGAUCCCGAAAUGAUGGAAAUGGUUAAGCCUUCCCUUGAUGAAGCCUUUGUUAUCCAAGAACAGAACGUGGCUCUGAACUUUAUUGGUUCUAGAGGGGCAAAGCCUGGUGUCACGAAGGAAAAAAGAAUCAAAUACGCCAAGGAAGUUCUUCAGAAAGAAAUGCUUCCGCAUGUUGGUGUCAGUGACUUCUGUGAGACCAAAAAAGCGUAUUUUUUGGGGUACAUGGUUCAUAGACUGCUCCUUGCAGCUCUUGGAAGAAGAGAGCUAGAUGACAGAGAUCAUUAUGGAAACAAAAGGCUGGAUCUUGCAGGGCCACUGCUUGCGUUCCUUUUUAGGGGAAUGUUUAAGAACUUGUUGAAAGAAGUGCGGAUAUAUGCACAGAAAUUUAUUGACAGAGGAAAAGACUUCAACUUGGAGCUAGCGAUUAAGACUCGUAUCAUUUCAGAUGGUCUAAAAUACUCUCUGGCCACUGGUAAUUGGGGUGACCAAAAGAAAGCCCAUCAGGCCAGAGCUGGUGUGUCUCAGGUGUUGAACCGACUGACUUUUGCAUCAACGCUUUCUCAUUUGCGGAGAUUGAACUCCCCUAUUGGUAGAGAUGGUAAACUUGCCAAACCCAGGCAGUUGCAUAACACUCUAUGGGGCAUGGUGUGUCCUGCCGAGACUCCUGAGGGUCACGCUGUAGGACUUGUGAAAAAUUUGGCUCUGAUGGCCUAUAUUUCUGUUGGGUCUCAACCUUCCCCAAUUCUGGAGUUUUUAGAAGAAUGGAGUAUGGAAAACCUUGAAGAAAUAUCCCCAGCAGCAAUUGCAGAUGCCACAAAAAUAUUUGUGAAUGGAUGUUGGGUUGGCAUUCACAAGGAUCCAGAGCAGUUGAUGAAUACUCUUCGAAAAUUGCGUCGUCAAAUGGACAUCAUUGUCUCUGAGGUGUCUAUGAUCAGGGACAUAAGAGAGCGAGAGAUAAGGAUCUACACAGAUGCUGGCAGGAUAUGUAGGCCUUUGCUGAUUGUGGAAAAGCAGAAAUUGCUUCUGAAAAGACGACAUAUUGACCAGCUGAAAGAGAGGGAAUAUAAUAAUUACAGUUGGCAGGACCUUGUAGCAAGUGGUGUUGUAGAAUACAUUGAUACCCUUGAAGAGGAGACUGUUAUGCUUGCAAUGACACCAGAUGACUUGCAAGAAAAGGGUGUGGCGUACUGUUCAACAUACACACAUUGUGAAAUUCACCCUUCUAUGAUCCUAGGAGUCUGUGCAUCAAUUAUACCAUUCCCUGAUCAUAACCAGUCACCUAGGAACACCUAUCAGUCUGCUAUGGGUAAACAAGCCAUGGGUGUUUAUAUCACUAAUUUCCAUGUGAGGAUGGAUACACUUGCUCAUGUAUUAUAUUAUCCUCAAAAACCACUAGUGACUACUCGAUCAAUGGAGUACUUGCGAUUCAGAGAAUUACCUGCAGGCAUUAAUUCAAUUGUGGCUAUUGCCUCAUAUACUGGAUACAACCAAGAAGAUUCUGUCAUCAUGAACCGCUCUGCUGUGGAUAGAGGUUUUUUCAGAUCUGUUUUCUAUCGCUCUUAUAAAGAACAAGAGUCCAAAAAAGGAUAUGACCAAGAAGAAGUUUUUGAAAAACCUACUCGUGAGACCUGUCAGGGUAUGAGGCACGCAAUCUACGACAAGUUGGAUGAUGACGGUUUGAUUGCUCCUGGUGUCAGAGUCUCAGGCGAUGAUGUAAUCAUUGGAAAAACGGUAACCCUGCCCGAAAAUGAGGAUGAGUUGGAAAGUACAAAUCGACGUUAUGUAAAGAGAGAUUGUAGCACUUUUCUGCGCACAAGUGAAACUGGUAUUGUGGAUCAAGUCAUGGUGACUCUAAAUCAGGAAGGAUACAAGUUUUGCAAAAUCAGGGUACGUUCCGUUCGGAUUCCUCAAAUUGGAGACAAGUUUGCUAGUCGGCAUGGGCAGAAAGGAACCUGUGGAAUUCAAUAUAGACAGGAGGACAUGCCUUUUACUUGCGAAGGUAUUACCCCAGAUAUCAUCAUUAAUCCCCAUGCCAUCCCUUCUCGUAUGACAAUUGGUCACUUGAUUGAAUGCCUUCAAGGGAAGGUAUCGGCAAACAAAGGAGAAAUCGGCGACGCAACUCCAUUUAAUGAUGCGGUAAAUGUGCAGAAGAUUUCAAAUUUAUUAUCAGAUUACGGAUACCAUCUUAGAGGAAAUGAGGUUCUAUAUAAUGGAUUCACAGGACGUAAAAUCACAUCACAGAUCUUUAUUGGACCUACUUAUUAUCAGAGAUUAAAGCACAUGGUAGAUGAUAAAAUUCAUUCCCGUGCAAGAGGUCCAAUUCAGAUUUUGAACAGACAGCCUAUGGAAGGUAGAUCACGUGAUGGAGGCCUUCGAUUUGGAGAAAUGGAACGUGAUUGUCAGAUUGCACAUGGUGCUGCCCAGUUUCUUCGGGAAAGAUUAUUUGAAGCUUCUGAUCCUUACCAAGUACAUGUCUGCAAUCUCUGUGGUCUGAUGGCCAUCGCAAAUACCAGGACUCACACAUAUGAAUGCAGAGGAUGCAGGAACAAAACACAAAUAUCUUUGGUACGGAUGCCUUAUGCUUGUAAACUUCUCUUCCAAGAAUUGAUGUCAAUGAGCAUUGCUCCACGGAUGAUGACAACAUAGUUUGUGAUUGUGAAUCUUGCCUUAAAGUGUAAAAUAAAAAACUUUUUUAAUGUCCCCUUCAAUAAAUAUCUGCUUUAGGAGUCAUUUAAUUGUUAAAGCAGUUUGUUUUCAUCAUACUGUGCAUGGCUUUAUACCUACAACACACAAUCUGUUUAGUUUUCUAGUUCUGCAGUUUUAACAUUUUGUUUCUAGAGGAAAUUUAUUACAUAUGUUUAUUACAUAUGGCUCGGUCCUCCUCAAAGGAAAAGCAGUGUAGUAAUGUAUGGUCUAUACUUUAAAUAAAUGUAUUUUUUUGGAAACAA